GGAGAUACUGUAAUCUCAUUGGUCCAUAUGUACGUCAAUCCGCGGGCUAGUGACGUGUAAGGUGUUUGUUAUAGGGCAAGUGUGUUCAAGACAAAACUGCUCGAUUUGAUUCUCUGCUCUAAUGGCUCUGAAUUGACACUACCUUAUAAAGACACUCACAGAGGACGUGAUGUAUUAUUCGAGUAAAAGGCGAGGAGAAGAUGGAAUUGCUGCUGUCAUUGACUUCCUGUUGUCCAAUGCCCGGCUGGUGCUGGGGGUCGGCGGCGCUGCGGUGCUGGGCAUUGCCACACUGGCUGUGAAACGGCUGAUAGAACGUGCUGGUAGGCCUCCUGAUGAGAAGCCUGACAAGAAGAUGACGGACAGCUGGGAGGAGUUAAGCUUGGUCAGCGCCUCCCCCAAACUACUGCACAAGGGUAUAGAAGGAGUGGUCAUGAAACAGAUUGCUGCCGCAACCAAGAAAGGUACAUACGUGGGAAAUACCCUGGUUAGGAAGACAAAGCUUCUUGAUGCUAAAAGGCAAUUAAUUAAAAGUAACCCUUUUUAGGGUCUUAUUCUGCACAGUUCAUCAUGACGGUGACGUAUGGUUCUGUGUGUGCUGACGUUUGUGGAGCGUCUGCAGCAGUACUACAGAACACGAGUGUGUCUGUCAGCGGAGGAGGUGUCUGUCUCACAGCAGCGAGCGUUAGAAAUAGCCACAGAGAUCCAGGCCUUCCUGCACUCCAAACACCCAGACAUGCCACUGGGAGACAUGACGCUGGCGGGGUCACUGCUCGACGACCUGCAGGUGGUUAAAGCCGACCACACCUGUCUGAUCGUGCCCCUACAGUUGGAGUCCAGUCUGUGGACGCCUAUUGCCGGAGAGGACACAUUUUUGGGUCACCCUCAGUAUUGCAUGGUUCGGCGUGAAAACCUUGAGUACUUCCCGAGGGGGCGGAGCUACUGGGACCGACAUUUGCUGGGUGGAUACCUGUCAUCACGGCUCGUUUCUGAACAGCUAGGCAAGACGGUGAUGGAAUCGAUGAACUGGCCAUUGCUGACCGGAACCCUGGAGUGCGAGGUGCGACCAGUGCUUGGGUCUCCAGAGCUCAAAUUGGAGAUUCAAGGGUUAACCAAAAGCAGUUAUGACAGUGGAGAAAGCUUCUAUAUAACAGUGUUGCCAACAGUGCGCCUUGGCGAGAUGACGCUUACAGCACAACGAGAGAUCACCGGGUCAUUCGACUACGUCUGGUAUCAGAGUCUAUACACCAGCGAAACGGCUAGACUAGCAGCGCUUGACAAAGCAGACUCGGGGGUCAGAAGGAAGUGCCUAAAAACGCUGAAGGCGGUGUGCCGCAACUGUCCUUCACUACGCAAGCUCAACGGCAGCCAUCUUAGCAACGUCAUUCUACACAUGAGUGAAAAAGAAACAGAUUGGUCGGAAUCAGCGUUUGCUGAUAGGUUCCAGCAGGCCGUCACAGAGCUAAUUGGAUAUCUGGAAAUGGGAAUCUUGCCUAGUUACUUCAAACCUAAUGUCAGUUUGUUUCAGGGCUUUACUGAGGACGACAUUGAUGAGAUGGGCUUCAUGCUGUACUGUGCUGUAACUGAACCUGAGAUUCUACUGAUCUGAUCACUCUCUCUCCUACAUCUCCUAUACGCACAGAGCAGUACAUUUAUCAAAACAACUGGCGUUAAUGCACCUUCAAUCAAUGAAUGUACCAUUACAUAUCUUUUCUAUAAGGUUUCUGUUCACGGUCCCCUAUAUGUGUAUUUCCACUUACCUACUCCUUUAAGGGGAUUUUGAAGCUUCAUUUAACUAUGCAGCACUUACCUAGUCUGGAAUUUUGCUUGGAUGUAGAUUUUAAAGAAGUGAGAGAAGGAUUUCAUGGUUUAGACUUUUGUUAAUAGCCUUUUCUGAGUUCUGCGUAGACCAUGAGUAUAUGUUCUACUAUUUUGCUUUUUGGAGCAAUGGCAGUAAUCAUAGCUAAUGUAUUGAGCAAAUACUUGUUAUUAAGACAAUAAAGCAGUAAUGCAUUGAAUUUAUUGAAAAUAUUUUUCUAUACAUUUUUGUCAGUAUUUACAAAGUAGCAAAACUACAGUGUGUUUGAUCGGGGGAACUGUGCAUUGAGGGUUGUCUAAGCCUUCAUAAGUGUUGUUUUGCCCAUAUUCUAUUCUAUUCUAUUCUAUUCUAUGUGUUAAUACAAGCUUUAAUGGCUAAGAAAAGACAGAAGUAAUGAAACCAAAAGUUAAAAUGUAAAGCAGCUUUCCCUGUAUGCAUCUUAUGAUAACUUGCUAACAAGUUUGGUUAAAAAAAAUAGCAGAAACAAUAAAAAUAUUGGUAGGAUCAAAUUUCACACGGAUCCUACUCGUCAGACAUGAGUUCUUAUAUGAAUUCUUGCUAUUGGGAUGCGUGUCUGAAUAAAGAUUGUUCACAAUUUU